UUGGCAGCCCUAGGUGGAAGGAGAAAACAAACAACGCGCCCGCACAAUGGCGCGUAAGGGAAAGAACAAUAUAUAAAGGUUGUUAUUCCAGGUCCUAAAAGCCUUGAACUUACUUUCCCGAUCCAGAAUUUCAAACAUUCACCCAGGAGGUUAUAUAUAUAUAUGAAGCAAGAGGAAGGAGAGAAACACAGAGCUAAGUAGAGAGAUACGUAAAGAUGGUUGGACCUGUAAGACCACAGUUUGUGUUGUUUGGUUCAUCCAUAGUUCAGCUCAGUUACAGCAAUGGCGGAUGGGGUGCUAUUCUUGCUAACUUGUAUGCUCGCAAGGCAGAUAUUUUGCUGCGAGGCUAUGGAGGCUGGAAUUCGAGGAAUGCUCUACAUAUUCUUGAUCAGGUUUUCCCAGAGAAUGCCCCUGUACAACCUGCACUUGCUAUUGUGUACUUUGGAGGCAACGAUUCAGUCCAACCUCUCUCAACAGGUUUUAGUCCUCAUGUUCCACUUCCUGAAUACAUAGAAAAUAUGAAAAAGAUUGUCCAACAUCUCAAGAGCCUUUCUGAAAAGACCCGCCUCAUCUUUCUCAGUGCCCCUCCUGUCAAUGAAGAAAUGAUCCGUCAAUAUUUUGGCGGCAACAUUGGUCGAACCAACGAAACCUGUCGAAUAUAUUCAGAAGCUUGUUUGAAGCUGUGUCGGGAAAUAGGGGUGACUGCCAUUGAUCUUUGGACCGCAAUGCAGCAACGGGAUGAUUGGUUGACUGCUUGCUUUACGGACGGAAUCCAUCUUUCAGAAGAGGGUAGCAAAAUAGUGGUGAAUGAGAUAAUGAAGGUACUGAGGAAUGCAGAUUGGGAACCAAACCUACACUGGACGGCACUGCCAAGUGAAUUUGUAGGAGUUACACCCAAAGAUCCAGAAGGCAAAGAGGCCUAUAUUUUCAAGAAACUGCAAUGGGAACUGGACCUAGAAAAUGUAAAGGUUACUGCCCUUUACCAGUGAUUUCAGUCCCUUUUUAGUUUUGUUGUAUGAUAUUUGUGUAUUUUGGAGGUGACAUCCAAUCUAGUCCAAUCCUUACCAUCUCCCUACUUUGUUCUUUGUUGGAAGACAGCUUAAUUCAAUUAAAUUUCUGAAUUAGACUAAUUAUAAUUAUAAA